UUCACUUAAAUGUAAAUAAUUGUAAAACACGCAGUUAAUUAAUCUACGUAUGACAGACGUUAUAGUUCAUAUAAAAUCUUAAAGUUUAUAAUUGUCGGAAAAGUGAUACAAGUGAAAUUUAUUCAAGUAAACCUCUCAGUACCAGUUAAACCCUGUGACUUACUAGAUAUAUUAUUACUAUAGUAUAUUAUUUACACAAUACUAAGUGCACUAAAAGAAAGAUAGGUACCUAUAUAUUUUAUACUUAUACACUUUAAUCUCAAAGACUAAAGUGUAAGGCAUUCAGUGUAAAUGUUGUGACUGAAGUGUUUUUAAGUGCAAUAAGUGAAGUGAAUAGUAAUUAUGCGGACUAGUAGCGAGGAGAAGGACUCCGAGAAGGAGAAGUUGAAUCCCAAUAGAUGGCUCCAAGGUCAUCCGAGUCAGCAGUUCAACGUCAUACGACGGGUGUACCAGCAGGACGCGCUAAACAAAGAUGCAGACUAUCAAGUGCCAAAGAAACCAUUGAGCUACCGAUGUAAGCGAGCAGUUCAAAGCUGUGGGUUCGGCGAGUGCCUCCUUAACUCAUUGCCCAUCGCAAAAUGGCUGCCACGGUACAGCCCCAAGAAAUUCCUGGUAGGAGACCUGGUUGCGGGGGCCACGACUGCCGUCAUGCAUAUACCACAAGGUAUGGCUUACGCGCUACUGGCCGAAGUACCACCCAUAGUCGGGCUAUAUAUGGCUUUCUUCCCAGUGCUCAUAUAUGUGAUAUUCGGAACCUCACCCCAUGUUUCCAUGGGUACCUUCGCAGUUGCUUGCCUUAUGGCGGGAAAGGUGGUGACCCAACAUUCAGUCCACCCUGAGUUAAUAACCGCGGUGAAUAGCACGACAACAGAAAGUCCGUUUUUGUCAGUUGGUUACACGCCGCUUCAAGUACUCAGUAUACUUUCUCUCACCGUUGGUCUGAUUCAGGUGAUAAUGUGGAUAUUGAGGCUAGGCGCCGUAUCCACGCUUCUCUCCGAACCUCUGGUAUCAGGCUUCACCACGGCCGCCUCGUUCCACGUGCUGGCGUCCCAGUUGAAGGAUCUGUUCGGAAUUAAGCUGCCCAAAUUGGGCUCUAAUUAUAAAGUUGUAUUUACAGUGGUAGAAAUAAUCAAGAACAUCCCAAACGCGAACUGGACCGCGUUCGCGAUAUCGGCAAUCGCUUGCGUCGUUAUUGCGUUGAACAAUGAAAUUUUGAAGCCCUGGGUAAGCAAGAGGAGUCGAGUCCCAGUGCCCAUAGAGUUGUUGGCGAUCGUCAUCGGGACCCUUGCGUCCAGCUUCGGCAACCUCAAGCAAAACUACGGUAUUUCCCUCGUCGGAACUAUUCCUACUGGGUUACCGGAUGCUAAUGUUCCGCCCAUAGAAUUAUUGCCGCGUAUCGCCCUGGACGCUUUCACCAUCACGAUGGUAACGUACACCAUAUCCAUGUCCAUGGCGCUAAUCUUCGCCGCCAAGGAGAAGUACGAGGUGGACGCCAACCAAGAACUUCUGGCAUUGGGCGCGAGCAACGUGUUUGGGUCAUUCUUCUGCUGCGCUCCACUCUGUGCGAGUUUGUCUCGAUCAUACAUACAAUAUCAGGCUGGAAGCAAAACCGGGAUAACAUCAGUUGUAAGCGCGGUACUCAUUCUAUGCGUGCUGCUGUGGGUGGGGCCGUUCUUCGAGCAACUUCCCCGGUGCGUGCUUGCGUCCAUCAUAAUCGUCUCACUGAAAGGCAUGUUUAUGCAAGUCAAGGAUCUAAAUAAGUUUUGGAAGCUAAGCAAGUUGGACGCUGUAGUGUGGCUGGUAACAUUCUUAGUGACAAUGCUGAUCAAUAUCGACGUUGGACUUGGCGCUGGAUUACUAGCUAGUGUUGGAGCGUUGUUCUGUCGCUCGCAGAAGCCGUACACGUGCCUACUUGGCCGCGUGCUGGAUACAGAUCUGUACCUUGACAUCAAAAGGUAUCGCGCCGCCGAAGAAAUCCCCGGCAUCAAGAUUUUCCACUACUGCGGCGGGCUCAACUUCGCCAGUAAGAAUCUGUUCCGAGCGACUCUAUUCCGAAGGAUUGGGUACCUGAAGAAGAGAGAUCAGAAUAAGGAUGACGAUAGCAAUUACAGCAAGACCGACUUUGAGUGGGAUUCCAACAUAGGAAAUAGGGUGAACUGCGUAAUAAUAGACGCUACGGCGUUGUCGUACGUGGACGCGCCGGGCAUUAAGAGUUUGGUGGCGGCGCAGAGAGAACUUGUGGCCAACAACAUUACUGUGCUUCUGGCGGGAGCUAAUGGCCCCGUACUGGAAAUGAUCGAGCGGUACAACUCCCUAGAAGCCGAGCAAUUGCAGCUAGACACUUUCCCCACCGUACACGACGCUGUGGUGUACUACAAAAUGUUGGAAGUGAAAAAGGAGCCCGCAAUCACUAUAUCCACGUGAUCCUAGUGAAACCAUUUGCUUGUAUAUGAAUUUAUGAAUACUAAUCAUUGCUCUAUAGUGUUAUCGCAAGUACUUAUAAACAAAUUGCAUUGUUCUUUAGUGCAUUAGCACUAUAAAAUUAAAGUUAAAGUCAAAGUCAAAAAUAUCUUUAAU